UUAUUAUUGCUUGUCGCUACCGUUACUGGCUGGAGUGGCAGCUGGAAAGCACUACUGCGCAUGCCUGCUCACUCGCCAGCACUUUACUCUAGUUCCUACGUACUCUCCAUGGUGUACAGUGGGCGGCUCAACUAGGACGAAUCAGCGUCUGGUGCACACAGUGGAUACUCAGUAGUGCUUUCUAUGGUUAACAGAACUUCAGUGUUUAUUUCAAUGUUUCCGAGUGCCCAGCUAUGAUCUGCCUUUUACUGGUUGCAGGCCACGACACUGUUCUUGAGACCCAGAUCAAGAAUGAUUUCACAGGUCUAUAUAGUCACCUGACAGGGGUUCCCAAAGCAUUGCUUCCUGGAGUUGGUGGAAAGAAAAUCUUAGACUUUUGGUGGGAGACUGUCAACAUGCGACAGUUGUUCAGUGAAGUCUACUUGGUUACAAAUGCAGAUAAGUACAAACACUAUGAGCGCUGGGCGACAGCCAAUGACUUUCCGGUGGAGAAUGUGGUUAAUGAUGGCAGCACCACUCUGGAGGAUCAACUGGGGGCUGUGGCGGACCUGGAGCUUGCCAUCCGGAGCCGCAGACUGCAAGAUGACAUCAUGGUGAUUGCAGGAGACAUGCUGUGUGCAGACCAGAACUUUGACAUUGGGCAGGUCCUUCGCUUUUUCAGGUCGAAGCCUGGAGAGCUGGUAAUUUACUAUGAGCUGGAGGAGGGAGAGAAAAGCUGCACAAGGGGCAUCGUUGAAGUAUGUCCUGAGUCCCACAGGGUCACACGGUUCCUUGAAAAGCCACGGGAUGGCCUGACAACAUCUCGACUGGCCAGUGUAGUCUUCUACUGCCUGCGCAAAACCACGCUUCCCUACCUGUCUGCCUUCCUCUCUCAGCGGCCCGAUGCUGCAGGCAGGUCGCUUGGAAUGUUCUGGGAGUGGCUCAUUAACAAGGAGACGUUGCCUGUGUUUGGGAUGAAGUUGCCCACAGGUUUCCAGCUCAUUGGACAAGUGACACUCUCAGACUACAACAAAUGGCUUGCCUGCUACUCUGCAAAACAGCAGGAGUCCCCUGGCAAACCUAUCAUCUCCCGUUCUUAUGCCAGAGUUGGGCUGAUGGGUAACCCCUCCGAUGGCUUCAACGGUAAAACCAUUGCCAUGACGAUCUGCAACUUCUGGGCUGAGGUCACUCUGACGGAGAGCCAGAGCUUGGUUCUGCUGCCCCAUCCCCUCAACGACCCCACUGAGUUUGGAAGCCUACAGGACCUUUUCUGCAUCAGUCGAAAGGAAGGGUAUCUUGGAGGACUGAGGCUGCUGCAGGCUACCUGUAAGAAGUUUUACCAGUUCUGCUCCAAGCAAGGAAUUGCUCUGACAAAGCAGAAUUUCACUCUGAAAUACGACACCAACAUCCCCCGCCAAGUGGGCCUUGCUGGGAGUAGUGCAAUUGUGUCUGCUACUCUGAAGUGCCUAAUGAGGUUCUACAACAUAACAGACAGAGACCUCCCUAAACCUGUUCGAGCUAACUUCAUCCUGAGUGUGGAGACUGAUGAGCUGUUUAUCACGGCUGGGCUUCAAGACCGAGUGGUGCAGGUCUAUGAGGGGUUAGUCUACAUGGACUUCAGCAAGCAAUUCAUGGAUGAACGUGGCUAUGGUGAAUACAUUCCCAUGGACAUGAGCUCGGUUCCUCCUCUCUGGUUGGCCUACCUGGGCGACCCCAGCGACUCUGGGAGGAUCCAUAGUAAUAUCCGUCAGCGCUGGCUGAACGGAGACUCUGUUGUGGUCCAGACUAUGAAGUCUUUCGGUGAGCUCACGGACCAGGCCAGGGUGGCCUUGGAGUGUAAGGACUGGCACAAACUGGCUGAUCUGAUGGAUCAGAAUUUCGAGCUGAGACGAUCAAUCUACACCGAUGAGUGUUUGGGUCCUGGUAAUCUCAAGAUGGUGCAACUAGCAAGAGAGUUUGGCUCUGCAGUUAAGUUGCCUGGCAGUGGCGGAGCUGUCAUCGGUCUGUGUCUGGACAAGGACAAACUGGCGGAGCUGAGGCACACUUUCCAGGAGGCCGGCUGCGUUUUCUGUGAAAUAGUACCGUAUGACCCGCGAUCUGCGAAUGCUCACAGCCAAGACUGAUGGCUGCCAUUUUAGACACACAUACGGGGAUCUUCUUCUGAAUGAACAGAGCCAGCGCAUCAUAAUACAUUGUUUACCCUUGUUAUAUCUGUGUAACUCCCGAAGGUAAUUAUUGUAGAUGUAUCUGUACAAUGUUAUAUUAUUUUUUUCAUAUAAUUUGUAAUAUCAAUUAAUUUUUUAAUAAAACUAUUCCUAAUUAAACAAUAACAA